CCUACACGAUAAUUCCUCAAUCCUUCCUCACACUCCCUCUAACCCUCAAUCCUCUACCGCCACCAACUACUUGGUCAAUUCUAUGAGUAAAUCUUCGUUUUUCCUAAACGAUUUACUCUGGUCUUGACCGUCCGCUCCUUUGAAUUAAUUCUUUCAAUUCCAUAUCUUACAUCUAUCCUUAUUUUGGUCCUUUCGUAAGCAAUUCUUGUCGGAGAGAGGAAAUCAGAGCCACCGUUGACUACACCGUUGUUUUGACCCCGACCGCUAACGAAACAUUCCGCCUCACGCCAACGACGAGGCGUCUCAACUCUCCCACUUUCGCGCAUCGCCAAUCUGUCAUGUCCGAAUAGCCUCUUCGGUCCCGACGCCUUUCGUCCGGUAUAAUACUCGGAAAAUACUCUAUGAUAUCCCUCCGCAUCUAGUUUUUCGGUUCUUUGCCGCGGUGCGGUUUGAAGGAAGAUGGCGACCGCAUUAGUCACUAGCCGUCCGACCGAAACGGCUACGAUGAGUGAAGCAAAUGAUAUUCCGUCGCGUCCCCUUCGUAUUACGGCGCUUCACGAUAGCAAGAUGAACCAGCAAGCUAUAUCUAACCCCCAACCUUCGCCGCUAAAUAGUUUGCCUCCACCGAACCCGCACUUCGUCUUUCCGGCUCGCCCAGCGUCAUGUUCGGCGCCGCCAUCAUUUUCCAGGGCGACAGGUCGACGACCUCAAUCUGCAAUAGACAUCCCGGGACGAAUCUCUGACUUCUCGCAUGAAAUAGCUAGUCCCCCGUCCCGAUCUCCUGCUCUACCGAACUUCAGUUUCAAUCCAAGCGCCAACUCUGGUUCAGAUAACGCAGGCCGUCCUUCCAGAUCCCCAGCCUUGCCUAAUUUUUCGUUUAAUCCCGGUGCAACUCUCGGACCCGACGAAUCAUUGCUCAGUCCUCCGCUUUCUCCGCCUUCACCUAUGUCUCCAAAUCGUAAUGGACAUCGACGAGGUGGAAGUGAGUUUGUAGGUGGUAAGCUUAGGGCUGGAGGAUCGAUUACUGUAAUGAGCACAAGCCCGACCAGAUCCGAGAGUGGUUUUGCAUCGCCCAAACUAUCGCCUGCAGAUGCGCAUCCACGAAGAGGACACGCUCAUCGCCGUUCUGGUGCAAUCUCUAGUCACGAUUUGACCAUGAUACUCAAGCCGAAUAAUUCGCCUACGAUGAGGGGCAGUAGUGCGCCCGCUAGUCCGGCUGAUUUUGGUGAUAACUAUCGUAAUUUCCCGGAACCAAGCAUCGAGCCUCCUCAAACCGAGCCAGUUCCACAACAGACAAACGAGAGGGUGAUCCACGAGGUACACAGCCAACCCACAUUGCAGUCACAGCCGGAUCCGUCACCGACAGCACCCGCUCGUACACGAGUUGGGUUCUCUGAUACGGUUGAAGUCAUUCCUCGACCCUUGUCAUUGAUUUCAACCGAUACAUCUAGUACGAUGACAGUUCGACCUAGCCACAGAGUUUCAGGAAGCAUUUCGUCUAUUAUUUCAGGAACGAACUUAGCACCUGCAGAUCGAGAUUCAUCCAAUUUGGUUGGAUCGAAUGUUUCUCGCACAAAGAGUGACUCGCGCCCUAGUACUGCAGGCGCUGUGCUAGAACGAUCCCCAAGUCUUUUGGUGCUUACCGGAGAUUCCCCAUCGCCUAGGAGACGAAAUUCGAUUCCAUUAUUGAUGGACCUUCCCAAGAGGAAUUCUGGUUCACCCACAAACCCAAGUCCCACCAAAACGCCUAGAAGGUGGUCAUUCUUCCGGCUCGAGCCCUUCGCUGGUGCCAGCUCGCCUACAAAAGCGAGAUCAGCCAGUUCGAGUUCAUCUGGUACAGUGGAGAAGAAGAUCGAACCCGCAGAUCCAACGGGGGAAUCUGAACCAAGACCAAUUGUUGAUGGUAUUGCAUCGCGCUCGGACAGCAAGAGGAGCACAGGGAGAAAGAAGAAGCAGAAAAAGGUUAAAUCGUGGGCUGGCUCUAUUCUUACUAGGAAAUCCAAGUCGCGCCAAAAAUCGAAAUCUCUACGCCGUCGUUCGCAAACACCGCCAACCCGAGAUUUCGAAUACCUGGAUGAUGGCGAUUUGGAAGAGUAUGAAGCGCCAACGACCCCUUCAAUUCCAGCACCCCCUGUGGUUACGGUCACCGAACCCGCGCCAUCAGAAACCGAACCAGUCACCGCAAAGCCUAGCCGAAUGUCUGACGACGAUAUAGCUUAUCCUAUGAUUGAUCUCGAUGCUGCUCUUGGCCCGUUUAACACACCGUCCAGCCGUGAUCUUCAGUGGGAAGAGGCACAGAAAGCUGGUGCUCCACCAAAACGUCAACUCCAUAGCGCCGCCGGUCUGAGAGGAUUCAGUGGCCCAGGAAUGCACUACCACCGUCGUGCUGAGAGCGCUCCCGAAAUGCCUCCUUUUGAAGCCGCUCGAAACGGCAUACAUCGAUUCGCUAGCUCUUCGACCAUGGCCGACGUAUUUGAAGAGGAUGAGGAAGAUGAUGAGGAUAUGAGCGCGAAAACUCCAUCUGAGGCAUCCGCCACCGAAACCCAGGAUGGUUCUGAUGAUUCUGACUCUACUUCCAACAGCGAGGAUGACGCCAGCUCAACACCUACCCAGGAACAUGAGCCUAAUAAACCUAGCCCAAAAGACACUCACCAGUCUCUCCUUCCCACCUCGACCAAACGUAAAGGUAGCGGGUCAAGCCUGGACAUACAAAGACCAGGUUCCAGAAUGAGGACCGAGAAUUCUAGCAGCGGUCUUUACGAGGAAGUCAUCAUAGAAGAACCCAGCUAUGUCACGUCUAGACGUGAUAGUGAUAUUUUGGGCACUCCCGAAACGCCUAGUUCAGGAGCACCUUCUCCUCGUACUAUUCUCAGCUACGAAGUCGACCCACUCGAUACAUCGUACCCAAUUCCUCCGGCGAUACCGACUACUCCCUACUCGACAGGCUAUUCGUCGUCAUUUCCUUCCCCCCGUUCCCCGAUGUCGUACGAUGCGCACAGAAUCUCAACCGCGCAAUCAUCUAUUAAUGAUGAACACAACUAUCAUUCUCUUUUGAUGGGCGAGCCUGGUCCUGAAUUGAUACGAAUAUCGGUCGAUGUCCCAUCUUUGACGAGCAGCAACUCGACUAUGACUCGAGAAAGCAGCUUCAACCCUGGCGUUCGACCUAGAAACAUGCCAUUCCACGAUCAACGACCCGCUUCAUUCUCUUCCUCGGCGUUUGGUCGUCGGCGGUCAAGUCUAGUCAGCCUUAGCCGACUGAUUAGCAGCGCCCACGGAGAGAGAAGUAAGCUGAGCAUGGAAGUUCCCCUCGACGCCGAACCGGAGAAGAAGCCCAAGACUAGCAAGACCAGACGUUUUAGUCGGUUGAUGCAGUUUUGGAAGCCAAAAGGGUCAACUGAAUCUUAAAGGGGGGGAGUGCUUUGGAAUUUGCUUAUAGCUAGAUUCUUGCUAGAUGCUCCUAUCGUUAAUAACGAUGGGUCGAGGCCGGUCGACACCUUUGCUUCUACUUCAAUCCACACCAUUUACGGAUACGAUGAAGUUCAUGUAUUCUCACGGAUUUUUCCUUGCCACGAAGUCGAGCUCCACACAGAUGGACAGCUCCUUGGUGGUAUUUGAAACACUCGCUUACGACUUUAUUUACGCAACAGACAUUCUGUGCGUACACGAGAACCCGAAAUUCAAGGGUUUUUAUUUUCUCACAAUCAUUUAUUAACGAACGCAUGACGGCACCUUGAGCCAUAUCAUGACCACGGUUCCGUUUUUAGGGCUUAAUCAAGCCCAUAUCCGUUACUUAACAAUAUGAAGAAACUGAAUAGCCGUAUAGGCUGACAGCACAAAAAAAAAUUACAUACCAUCAUCUAAGGAUGAUGUGUCUGCUUUCUCUGGACAUAGCACGCGAAGGGGAGGGAUGAUAUGGGCGGAAAGGGAUCUGAGGAAGAUGUUCCAUAGAACUUCGAGUUCAUCGCUACAUUUACUGCAGAAAUAGGUAGUCGCCUAAACCGACUAUUUCAAUAUGCAGGUUUGUACACAAAUAAUAGUGAACAUACAUUAUUAUGCA